AUGAAGGCUACGAGCGGCGGGGAGGCGGAGCUGGAGUUCAGGGUUCAUGUGGGACAGUUCGGCACAAGAUGGCGGCGACCAAGCGGGUGCUGUAUGUGGGUGGCCUUGCUGAAGAGGUAGAUGAGAAGGUUCUUCAUGCAGCUUUUAUUCCAUUUGGAGAUAUUAUGGACAUUCAAAUUCCACUGGAUUAUGAGACGGAGAAACACAGAGGUUUUGCAUUCGUUGAAUUUGAGGGUGCUGAGGAUGCUGCAGCUGCCAUUGAUAACAUGAAUGAGUCUGAACUUUUUGGAAGGACAAUCCGAGUUAACCUGGCAAAACCCAUGCGAAUUAAAGACGGAUCGUCAAGAGCAGUGUGGUCAGAUGAUGACUGGUUAAAGAAAUUUGCUGGGAAGACCCUGGAGGAAAAUGGAAGUGAGGAGCAUGGAGGAGAAGGUGGAGAAACACAAACAAAGGAGGGUGAGCCACCAGCCAAGAAAUCAAGAUCCAAUCCUCAAGUAUACAUGGACAUCAAAAUUGCCAACAAGGCCGUUGGUAGAUUACGGUUUUUAUUACGAGCUGACGUUGUACCAAUGACUGCAGAAAAUUUCCGGUGCCUCUGUACACACGAGAAGGGAUUUGGUUACAAGGGCAGCAGUUUCCAUCGAAUUAUACCCCAGUUCAUGUGUCAGGGUGGAGAUUUCACCAAUCACAACGGUACUGGAGGGAAAUCCAUCUACGGCAGGAAGUUUGACGAUGAAAACUAUAUUCUGAAACACUCAGCGGCAGGAUUGCUGUCAAUGGCAAACUCUGGAAUCAAUACAAAUGGAUCUCAGUUUUUCAUUACCCUCGACAAGACAGACUGGCUGGAUGGAAAACACGUAGUAUUUGGGGAAAUGGUGGAAGGAAUGGAUAUUGUCAGACAGAUGGAAGCUCAAGGUUCUAAAGAUGGAAAACCUAAGCAAAAAAUGAUCAUCUCAGACUGCGGAGAAUAUGUGUGAUGGUAGUGGCUGUUAGACAUAACUUUUGUAGAUUUCAUUUUUUCGUACUUUUAAUGUUUUUUUGUGAAGAUUUAUUGUAAAUACAUUCAACAUGCAAAAUAAAAAAAUUUUUAAACCAACUUUCUAUUUGCAGAUAAAAAUUUUAAUUGUUCAUUUUUUUUGUGUUCUAAGCCUGCAAAAAUGUAAUCUUUUGUCCAGCUAUCUCAUUAAUUGGAUAUUAUAAAAUUAUUGCCACAGCAGGACUGUCAGCAGCAAGACAACUCUGCAUUUAAACAUGUGAGAAUUGUAUUUAACUAGGCUUAAAUAUUAAGGAUAUUUCUGUUUGUCCCUUAAAGAAUUAUCCUCUAAUUUUAAAUCGCCCAUUGCAUCAAAAUGAGCUCUGUAGGAAAAAAGUGUUCUGACUUGUUUUCAAUCAUUGUAAUGGUCAAGGAAAACAAUGACAAUAUAUGCAUAAGAAUUUCUUUACGAUCUGUCCAAAGAAAAAGAGCAAGUCUGUUUGAACAUACUUAUUGCUUUAUUGGGGUAAAGAAAAUUUGAGCUAACCAAAAUUUCAAUUAAUGAAAAUAUACAAAAACUAUAAAUUGGGUUCUAUAACAGUCUACUGUCAAAAGGCACUAAUCCAGACCAUUAACUACAAAUUAUAUACAUAUGGAAGCAUAUGUAUGGACACGGAACAAAGGACAGGAUACACAAGCACAGAAUACAGUUAAACCAAUAUUUUUUACGUUUCCCUUUUCCUUUUAUUUCCAGUCACUUUCCUGGGACAGAAUAUAUAGAAGGGCACUUUACUCCUAAUGUGCCAUCACGCACUGCAUGAUUAACACUGAUCUUGUCCCUGUAGUGUCAGGUGGUUGGCUUACAGUUCUGUGGUUUUGAUCUUUGAUUUUCAACAUAUCCUGUUUAAAUUCAAGUGCUCAGCUUGUGGUCACAUUCGCAGCCAGGUUUGUGAAGACCUCCUUCAAUUCUCAUCUCACCCACUGUGUGCACUAUCUUUGCAGUUAUAUUAAUGAGGGAAAAAUAGCCUGGUAUAAGCCACCCCAACUAAUUCAUCACCCAUGCCCCCCCCCCCCCCCCCCCAAAUGUGCACCUGAUGGUGGAGUAGAGAGAAGAGACUUCAUUACAGAUACCUGCUGCUGGCUGACCUACAAUUCCAAUUGAAGGUGCUGAAAGACCACUUCCUGGAUUGGGGAGUGUGAUUUUAAAAAUGAGUGUAAACAGAACAUGGCUACUUUUAUAAAUUCCACAAUAUUAUAGUCACAUCAACAGCUGAUAGUUCAGUAGGUCAAUUAUUUUGUUGCAUAUUUUUGUACAUAUGUAGAUACAGUUAAUCUCUGGACAUCACAUUGACACUAACAAGUGCCCUUAAGUGAAAAAUAACCUGAACUUUAACUAAUAUGGCAGUAGAUUUGUCAACAAAUUAGUAAAUACACAUUCAUAGUUGGCAUUGCUGAAUUUUAGUACAAGCUUAACUGAAAAAUGUUUUCAAGCAUGUUUUGCUACAUUAGUCUAACAGAUACUAUUAAAUCUAUAAUUAGUGUUUUUGUAGAAUCUACGUUUAGUUACAGAUUCAAGAUGUCCUGUAUUUCCUUAAAACUAGAUAAAGGAACAUGUGAAAAGUUACUUAAAUACAGUGCAUAAAAAUUAAUUUUAACAGUAAUGAUAUUACAGUGUACAGUAUCUCAAAAAGUUACUUAGAAGUAACUCGCAGCAAAAUUACAUGUAAUGCUUGUAAACUGUACAGAAAAAAAAAGCGAUGCUCCCCUAGACACUUUCACAGAAGCCACAUUUAUACAUUUUCUGUUUUGCUUCAAGCUGCACUGAGAAGCUGGUCUAAUCCAGUUAAUGAGGAGGUCUAACAGGGCAUAUAGUAUUGUGCUGUGGGCAGUGUAAUUACGUACUUUGUAUAAUUCUCUUAAGUAUGCAACUGAUCUAGUUUUAUACAUUAAACAUACUGGAGUACAAAAAGUAAUUUAUUUUUAAAAAGUGCUUUAAAAAUUAUUUACAAUAAUUAAUGUAUAUGGACCAUCUUUAUAGACCCUAGAAUAUGACAUUUACACUGGCAAGCUGGUGAGUGAUGAAGUAUCACUCCUUCAGAUCGAGAACAUGAUGUGGGUCGCAUUGACAUUUUGGAUAUGUAUAUACAUAUUUAUCUUGCAAACUAUUGAAUUAAAACCUGCGUUUGUUAUACACGUAACUGAAGUCUUUCACAGAAAUUACUAGCUGGGAGCAACCCAGGUUUGUCUUUUAAAUAACCAGACAAUGAAAUAGGAUACAAAGUUAAGUGCAACACACUGCUCACAGGACAAGGAGUUCUAUUGAAAUCUGGCAGAAUGAAAAGAAUAAUACUGUACCUUUUCUAUUGACAAAUAGUGCAAUUUUUUUUAAUGGUUCAAGGUUCAAACACGCCAAGUCAGAUUUUUCUGAAUUUGUUUUGAAUGUCAAAUCUCCAUGUUGGUCCAAUAAAUUGUCAAAUUUC